CGUCCGUCCGGAUGGGGAGCGGGGGGCCGAGCCGGGGCUGGUGAGGCCGGACGUCCAUGGACCCCGCCGAGGAGACGCUCCCGCCCGUCAUCUACACCAUGGAGAACAAACCCAUCGUCACCUGUGCUGGAGAUCAGAAUUUGUUUACUUCUGUUUAUCCAACACUAUCCCAGCAGCUUCCAAGAGAACCCAUGGAAUGGAGAAGGUCCUACGGCCGUGCUCCAAAGAUGAUUCACCUCGAGUCUAAUUUUGUUCAGUUCAAAGAUGAGCUGCUCCCCAAAGAAGGGAACAAAGCUCUUCUCACCUUCCCCUUUCUUCAUAUUUAUUGGACAGAAUGCUGUGACACUGAAGUCUAUAAAGCCACGGUAAAAGAUGACAUCACCAAAUGGCAGAAUGUUCUGAAAGCCCAUAGCUCUGUGGAUUGGUUAAUUGUGGUAGUUGAAAGUGAUGCCAAGAAAAAAAACAAAACCAAUAUUCUUCCCCGUACAUCCAUUGUAGACAAGAUAAGAAAUGAUUUUUGUAAUAAGCAGAGUGACAGGUGUGUGGUACUCUCUGAUCCCUUGAAGGACUCUUCCCGUACUCAGGAAUCCUGGAAUGCCUUCCUGACCAAACUCAGGACCUUGCUUCUCAUGUCUUUUACCAAAAACCUAGGCAAGUUUGAGGACGACAUGAGAACCUUGAGAGAGAAGAGGACUGAGCCAGGCUGGAGCUUUUGUGAAUAUUUCAUGGUUCAGGAGGAACUGGCCUUCGUCUUUGAGAUGCUGCAGCAGUUUGAAGAUGCCCUGGUGCAGUAUGAUGAACUAGAUGCCCUCUUCUCUCAAUAUGUGGUCAACUUUGGUGCCGGGGAUGGUGCAAAGUGGCUGACUUUUUUCUGCCAGCCAGUGAAGAGUUGGAAUGGACUGAUCCUGCGGAAACCAAUAGAUAUGGAGAAACGGGAGUUGAUCCAGAGCCAAGAAGCCACCCUGCUCGACCUACGCAGUUAUCUGUUUUCUCGCCAGUGCACGUUGCUUAUCUUCUUGCAGAGGCCGUGGGAGGUGUCUCAGCGCGCACUGGAACUCCUUCAUAACUGUGUACAGGAGCUAAAGCUGCUGGAAGUUUCUGUCCCUCCAGGAGCCUUGGACUGCUGGGUGUUUUUGAGCUGUCUGGAGGUGCUACAGAGGAUAGAAGGUUGCUGUGAUCGUGCACAGAUGGAUUCAAAUAUCUCCCACACCGUCGGCUUAUGGAGCUACGCCAAAGACAAGUUAAAGUCCCUGGGAUACCUGUGUGGACUUGUGUCAGAAAAAGGACCCAAUUCAGAAGAUCUCAACCGAACAGUUGAUCUCUUAGCAGGGUUGGGAGCUGAGCGACCGGAGACAGCCAACACUGCACAGAGUCCUUACAAGAAACUCAAAGAGGCCUUAUCCUCCGUAGAAGCUUUUGAGAAACACUACUUGGAUCUGUCCCAUGCUGCCAUUGAAAUGUACACGAGUAUUGGAAGAAUUCGAUCAGCUAAACUCGUUGGAAAAGACUUGGCAGAGUUUUACAUGAGGAAAAAGUCUCCCCAGCAAGCAGAAGUCUAUCUUCAAGGGGCCUUAAAGAAUUAUCUGGCGGAAGGCUGGGCACUGCCCGUCACACAUACGAGGAAGCAGUUGGCAGAAUGUCAAAAACACCUGGGUCAAGUGGAAAACUACCUUCAGACCAGCAGCCUUUUAGCCAGUGAUAGCCAUUUAAGAGAGGUUGAGCGUAAAUACUUCUGCCAAGAAAUACUAAACUUUGCCAACCAGCAAACAGAUAGCCAAGGUCACAAAGUAAUACUAUCUAUGCAUUCCUUUGCCCAACUGAAAAAUCUCCACUUUGAUCCUUCAAAUGCUGUUGUCCAUGUGGGCGGGACUUUGUCUAUUGAGAUAACUUUACUGAGCCAAAUGCCCAUCCCAGUCCAGGUGGAGCAGAUUGCCAUCAAUGUUCACUUCAGCAUUGAGAAAAACAGCUACCGGAAGACCGCCGAGUGGCUCACCAAGCACAAAACUUCCAAUGGAAUUAUCAACUUUCCAAGUGAGGCUUCCAGCUUCCCUUGGUCCCGAGAUCACCUACCCGCCCUGGAGUUGUACGAGAUGUACGAAAAGAGCCCCUCGGAUAACUCGCUGAACACCACGGGGAUCAUUUGUAAAAACGUCCACAUGCUCCUGCGGAGGCAGGAGAGCGGCUCUCCCGCGGAAAUGCCGACCGGGGUGACCCUGGAGGACGGGGCCCACGUGUUGAGGUGUCGCAACGUCACCCUGGAUCCAGGAGUCAAUAGGCUAACUUUUGUCACUCAGGCUAAAGAGCCUGGAACGUACACUCUCAGGCAGCUGUGCACCACUUUGGGGCAAGUGCAGUUCGUCCUCCCUCACAUUUACCCCAUAGUGCAAUACGAUGUGUACUCGCAGGAGCCGCAGCUCAAAGUGGAGCCACUAACUGACAGUCUGUUGGCUGGUAUUCCCCAGAAGGUCAAAUUUACUGUCACCACUGGCCAUUAUGCCAUAAAGAAUGGAGACAGCCUCCAGCUCAGCAACGCAGAUGCUAUGCCUAUCUUGUUCCAUUCAGAGAGCAGAGCUGUGAUUUAUUCCAACACCAGAGAAAAGUCUUCAGAGGUGCCUCUCAUGAUUCAGUCCUCCGAGAAGGUCACAAGCAUCAGUCUGCCGGUGGCUCCUGCCUACCAUGUGAUCGAAUUUGAAUUGGAAGUCAUCUAUUUGCCUUCAGUACCAACUGCAGGGGAGAGUGAAAUGCAAGGAAAUAAAGAACCCCAGAGGAAAAAUAAGGAAAAACAGAUAACGGAGGACUGCAUGGUUACCGUUGAUCAGAAAGUAUCUAUUGAUUGCCCAUGGUCAAUUUACUCCACCAUUAUUGCGUUAACAUUCAGUAUACCUUUUAAGGCCACCCACUCCCUUCUCUCAGCUGGAAAACGGAAAUAUAUCCAAGUUUGUGUCCAGAAUUUGUCAGAACUUGGCUUCCAGUUAUCACACAGUAACCUCAGAGAGGCUACUAAUAGCCCAGGCCUGAAACUAAUGCCUUUGAACACCAAGGCCCAACAGCCUAUAUACAGUCAGCAGUCUGUGUUCUUUGUGUGGGAAUUGAUGUGGACCACGGCAUUUCCCCCUUCCCUGCAGUGUCGGUUUUCGGUCGAGUUUCGCCCGGUGUCUAAAGAAGAACACUCUGUCUCCCUACAGCCGUACACUUACGAAUUUCAAAUGGAAAAUUUUUUCACAUUAUACAAUGUGAAAACUGAGAUAUUCCCUCCUUUGGGGACAGAGUAUUGUAAAACGGGCUCACUCUGUUCUUUGGAAGUGUCCAUCACCCGCCUCUCUGACCUCCUGGAGGUGGAUAAGGAUGACUCGUUAACGGAAUCGGAUGAGUAUUGUUCCACAAAACUUAUGUACGAAGUCGUGGACAACAGUAGUAACUGGGCCGUGUGCGGAAAGAGUUCCGGUGUCCUCGCGAUGCCCGUGGCAGCCCGAGCCACCCACAAAGUCCACAUGGAAGUCAUGCCUCUGUUUGCUGGCUAUCUCCCCUUUCCCGAUGUAAGGUUAUUUAAAUACCUCCCUCAUCAUUCUGCCCACUCCACGCAACUUGAUGCUGACAGCUGGAUUGAAAACGAUAACCUGUCAGUGGACAAGAAUUUGGAUGAUCAGGCCGACAGCAGCAGCAUAAAGAGCAGAGGUAGCCUCCAUUCUGCAGCCAGCACGGAGACCCGAGGCUUCCCCAUGCCCCGGCUACAGUCCUUCCCAGCCGGUCAGGUCUUCAACUCCAGCACCGGCAUGCAGAUCCUGGUCAUCCCCAGCAAGGACGACCACGUCCUGGAAGUCAACGUCACAUGACGACGCCCCGGAGAGGCGGAGGGACGAACGGACGCGCCCGAGACCGGAUCCCAAUGCACCCUGAAGGCUCCCGCCCCGAUCGUCCUCCUCCGCUGUAACACCGCAGCCCGAUCAGCCACGACGGUUCGGCGGCGGCCCCCGAGUCGUCGAACCCUCUGUAUAGUCCGCGUGCGGCGCAUCUUGCCGGCGAUGAUGUUGCUUUCGGACGACGCCUUUUGUGCGUCACGGCUCAUUCUGCCAUCUCCGUCCCCUUCCCCUCCCACCCAGCUUCCCCCAACCCGGGUCGUCCUCCCCGCCCCAAAUCAGUCUCGUACAGCGGAUCGAGUUGGAAAGCACUCCUAAUCCAUCACUCCAUCUGGAGCGGCCACGAAUCCCGCUGGCUCUUGUGUGGGUGGCUGCCCCAUCCUGACCCCAUUAGUGGUGUGUGUGUGUGUGUGGUGUGUGCGCGCGCGUCUGUGUCCGUCUGUCCACCCGUCCGGCCGGCCCCACCACCGUCUGAUUUCUGGACCAGAAUGAUUUCCCGAUUCCCUUCGGGGUGCCGGGUGAUCCUUUUUCAAGCUCAUCGGAAUGUCCUUUUCUAAAAUGACCUUUUGUAGUUCUUUGGCAUACUUAACCCCUUCUGUGCCUUGACCCGUUCAUCACACGGACCCACGGGGUCCUGGGACGUGCGCCCUCCGGGCCCCUCGGAGGCAUUUGGAAGGUACCAUCCAAACCCCGGCACUUAAGCGGUUAAGUUAGGACUCGAGUGGUCUUGGGACCCCGCGUCCUGCCAGAACGCUGAUUGAGUUGAAUGUGUGGCGCAUCCCAAGUGUAGUAAACGUCCGUUGUCCCGUGUCUCGUCGUUGGGCUUUGUCGUUUCGAUGGUUUCUUCCCAUCCCCAUUACUUGGAACGAGGUGGCCCCCAGGGAUAGCCCUCUCCAGAGGAGAGGCAGGAAGCGGUUAAAAACGCCCAGCUCCCCGAGGCUGUGUCCCAGCCCCGACUCCCUGCCUCCCUAGGCCGCUCACCCUCUCCUCGCCCCCCAGGCAGGCUGGACCAGGGUGGGUGGGUGAGAAAUUGGUUGGGAGCACGCUGGAGUUUCAGCUCUCCGGCCCCGGGACUGGGUCGCUGUGCUGGAGCAGUGGGGAAAUCCAUAGCCAUAUGUGUUUUUGCACCUUAAUCCUAGAAUUCCACAUGCUUCAUUGAAAAUGAAGGUGACCAGAAGGCCUCUCUCAGAGUACGUUCCUUGUCCGGCUUCCGGGAAGAAUGAAGGUCUUAAAACUGACCCGCUCCUGGUGCAUCUUUCAUCUUUCACCUAUACAGUCCCAACUGAUUCUUUUGUUCUCAGUUGUAAAUUUUGUUGUACAUAGGAUUGAUUAUAUUGAUUAUUAUUUAAAGAAAAAAGGAAGUCCAAACUAACUGAUGUAACAUCUGUGUAUAAGUUGCACCAAGCCUCCCCCCGCCCUCCCCGCCCGGCCCCCCAAAGAACAAAACACCAAACCAUCAAGGACAUAAAUGUUAGUUUUUAAUUAGUGUAAAAGUCACAGCUUGUAAAUAAGUGAUGUAUGUUUUAAACCUUUUCCAGCUCUCAAAAGCUAUGUAUUUUUGUACAUAUUAAGAGAAGUACUCUCAUUCAUGGGACAGUUCGGUGGGCUGUGGAAGGAAAGUAAAUGCAAACUGAUAUGUAGUCAGUUCUAGCAGGAAGGUGGCACUUCUUCUAGAUAACCUCUGUGGUGUGAGCCUUAAAAAGUGGAACAGAAAUCUUCUACGGCUGAUUCACAGGUCGCUCAAGAUAGCGGACAGAAAGCCGAUUCGUCUUGGCAGUCGCUCCGUUUUCGGUAUUCCCUUUAGGGUGUUGAAGCCGUUCAAAGCAUAAAGGCCGCGCACUUCUCGUAACGUUUUCUCAUUUGAAUCAACGACAGGUGGAAGCAGAAAAGAAGGUAAGUAUUUAGGAGCUCUCCCACAGACUUUCUCAAAUCGAUUUCCAGUAUGGGCCCCUUCAAACUACGCUUAAUCAGCUGAGGCAAGCUAGUUAUUCAAAACCUUGUGGAAGAGAGAUUCGGAAUAGGGCGGCCACUGGAUGCUUGUUGCCUUUGAGGCUCCCAACUUGAACACAUAAUGGCCUUGUCGGCAUCAAGCCCCCUGAGGAAAUAGUUCCUCUGCCAGUGGAAGAUCAUCUCCAGUGAACAGAGUCUCUAGAAUAUGCAUUCCAGUUGGGAGAAAAGACUACUAGCUCCAGGUCAUUUUCCCACACUGACUUCCUUGAAGCAGCUGUGGUUGAAAUCUGGCUUGUUUUCAUUUGGUAUUUUAUACUUUGGUUCCACUCCCAUCGUAAGAUUAGGUGGUGGGCCGGUACUCAGAGAGAAUCAAGGAUGCCCACUUAAAAAUAUCUGUACGUGACUUUACGUGACUUAAAUUGUGCCUAGAGCUCUCCAUAGCAUCCAACGUGCAUGCGUUUCUCUGCUUUGGUUUUACACCACAGAACGAUUCAGUUGCGCAUUGCGCCUGCACCAAAUUUUUCUAAAUAGUCGCCAGGAAAGAAAUGGUCACAUCAUGCAUUAAACGGUUACUAACUGCAAGAUUUAUGCCUACAAGCAGAGACCGAGCUGGCUUCACGUUUGGAAAGACUGCAGCUCUAGAAAAUGGUGAGAUGCUUAAAAUACACUCUCAAGUGGGAGAAAAUGGUGGUUCUGCUAUCCAUAGAUAUAUGAACCUGUAAAUAUGAUCAGCUGUUAAAAAAAAGAGGUAUAAUUUUUGUGAAUUUCAUGGGUUUUCCUGUGGCUGGAAAAAUUAUAACCCCUCGGUCAUGUCCUGCUUCUGCUCUGGGGAUUGUCGCACUUGACGGGAUACUGACUUUCUCCAUUCAGUUCUCUAGCGCGCCGCUGUCGUGACAUUCCACACACAGAAAAAUUUCCAGCGACAAAUCCUUUUCCCUAAGGACAAAGAUCCAACGGAGAAAUUGUGAGGGAAGUAUCUCCUCAAAAGCUAAUCCUUAGUUUUUAUUUUAUCUUUAAUCUUGGGUUGUGUGAUACAAACUUAAAACUGUAGAAAGGAAUUUUGUCUAUCAGACUGGAAUAACCAGAAAAAAAAUAUGCUAGUCCCUUUGACUGGGAUUAGUAAGAAUGACCUCUAAAGUAAGUCUUUUAUUUUGGUUUCGUUUGGUUUUGAUUUUUUUGGGGUGAAGGGAAUGCCCGUCUUCUGUAAAAUUCAUGACAGUUUUAAUCAGGUGAAACGGAAAACGCUGUUAAGUCCAGCUGCUGGGAUUCUCUGACUGGAAAAGGUGACAAGUUAGUGACUUCGACACUGCGGGUAUUAUGAUUAAUUCCAUUUUCAUGGUUUACUGUAAAAUCAUUUUUCACAUUGUUCUGUAAUAUAUUGUUAGACUAAACACAAAUUGUAUUAAGAUUGUUAAAAUGUAAGCAUUAUGAUUCUAAAAUAUACAUGUUUUAAAAAAG